CAGCGUCCUCCCCUUUCCAGAACAAGCGUUGACGGACCAGAGACGAAUUUACCAUAUGCAACUGUGUUUACGCCACAUCUCGGCGCCUUGAUCGAUCGCAUUUUACUUACUUUCUUUUACACGCAGUCCGGGUACUUCUGCUGCCGUUUUAGGAGCUUUUGGCAAAGUAUCCGAGGAGAAAUGUCAAUGGAAAUACAGCAGAACCCGAUGCCUCCGUAGAGCUGUCCGAGUGCCAAGAACUGGUCCUCUGCUGAUUCAGAAAGACAGAGCAGAAACCAUUGGACGUAUAGCAAUGUGGAGCUGUAUGGUUUACAAUGAGACGGACGACAAUGUGGACCUCAGGCUCUGCCAGGACUUUGGACUCAUCUUGUCCGUCUUCUCGUUGGUGUACCUCAUUGUCUGCUUUCCAGUGGGCCUUUGCUACAAUGCCCUGCUGGUGGUGGUCAACCUUUCCAACAAGGUCACCAUGACCAUGCCCGAUGUCUACUUUGUGAACAUAGCCAUCGCUGGCCUGGUGCUCAACUUGGUGGCUCCUGUGGCACUGCUGGGCCCCAGUUUCACCCGCUGGCCCAUGUGGGAAUACAACAACGAGAUCUACAUCACCCUCCUCAUUCUGUUCAACAUCUCUUCCCUGGUCAUCAUGUACUCCACUACCUUGCUCAGUCUGGACUAUUACAUUGAGCGCGCUCUCCCACGCACCUACAUGUCCAGCGUCUACAACACCAAGCAUGUUUGCGGCUUCAUCUGGGGCGGCGCCGUCCUGACCAGCUUCUCCUCAUUGCUCUUCUACGUGUGCAAUCACGUGUCCACUAAGAUCAUCGAGUGCUCCAAGAUGCAGAACAAAGAAGCGGCUGACGCCAUCAUGAUGUUCAUUGGGUAUGUGGUGCCAGCAGUGGCUGUGCUUUAUGCAUUCGUGCUUAUCCUACGCAUCAGGAAGGAGUCCACCCCUUUGGACCAGGACUCUGGAAGGCUCGAUCCUUCCAUCCACAGGUUGCUUCUGGCUUCCGUGUGCAUGCAGUUUUUACUUUGGACUCCGUAUUACAUGACCCUACUUGUGCACACAGUGGCAGGGGCUCCCGGAAGCCAUUCCAGCAAGCAGCAACUCAUCAUAUACUUCUUCCUGAGAUGUUUGUCUAAACUUCUCGCCUUCUGCAGUAGCUUUGCCAUUCCUCUCAUGUACAGGCAAAUGAACAAGAACUUCUCGCAUAAACUCCAGAGGCUUCUAAAGAGGCUGCACUGCGGGGACCAAUCAUGUCCUCACGAACGCUCGACAGUUCAGCAGGUGGUCACAUGAGGAUUGUGUUCAAUCAGACCUGCUUGUCCCUCACUGGCACUUACUCUGAAUCCACAGAAGUAGAGCCAGCACAUGAACCUGGAUAUAUAUUGUGCUCCAAAAAGAAAGGAAGUAUUUCGCUUACCACAAGGAGUGUCUCUGUGAAAUUGUGGAACCUCCAUAACACUUAUCGACUUGACUUUAUUUGUCCAUCUCUGUGGUCAAUGGACGACCAAGAAGAAACCACUAAGUGCUGUUUUUGUGUAAGCUGUGUCUAUUCUUUGGGUUCUAAUGCUUGGGGAAUAUCUCAACCCGUCUGUUGGUCCUUUCAGUAACAGGGGGUUGGAUGUUGAACGUGUUUAAUCAGUUACAGGAUAUGUGGUAUAGCCUUUUAACGUGAUGCUUUUAGACCAACUUUUUCCCUUUUAGUUCAAGGCCGCAUUCUGCCCCAGGCUUUCUUUCUUUCUUUCUUUGCACCAUAAGCUGUUCAGUCUAGAGUUUUCAGGUCACACUUUCCAUAAAACCUCUCGGGUAGAUGCUAGUAAACGCAAUAUAAUUACCUCAAUUUCACACACCAACGGGCAUUACAUUGGAACGGUCUAACCAACUUUUACAGCACCCAGAAAUAGCUCGACGAGACUGAUAUCAGGGAGCGGGAAAGAUGUGUUUGCGUGCGUGUGGUUGCCUGUCGAUGGUCGUAAGUGUGUGUGUGUGUGUGUGUGUGUGUGUUCUCGAGUGCUUGCUGCUAAGGUGAUGUGCAUUUUUACUGCACAGCUGCUCAGCCAUAGUAAUUCCUGUGUAUAGAGGAAUUGAGACAAAGCUAUAGAAACUAGGCAACAGAUCACGGUUUUAAGGUCAAAUAGUUAGAGAUGUUUUGUUUUUAAAUACCUUUUCAAUCAUUAGUCGGUUACUACUGGAAUUAUUAUCAGUGCAUCAUGAGGAAGUGGUUGACAAUUUAUAUGAGGAGUGAAUCCAAGUUCAUUUGAUAAAGCAAUACUACCCUGCUGAAAAAUCCAGCUUAAACCAGUCUAGGCUUGUUAGCUGGUUUUAGCUGGUAAAUAGCCUGGCUUUAGAGAGGUUUUGGCCAUUUCCAGGCUUGUUUCCAGCCAUUUCCAGCCGGGUCUUAGCUGGUCAGGCUGGAAAAUGACCAGCUAAAUCCAACUAAAACCAGCUUGACCAGCCUGAUUUAAGCUGGACAUAGCUGGUUUUGGCUGGGCUCCCAGCCUGGCUAGGCUGGUUAAACUGGUUUUAGCUGGUAAUCUUCCAGCCUAACCUGCUAAGACCAGGCUGGAAAUGGCUGGAAACCAGCCUGGAAAUGGCCAAAACCUCUCUAAAACCAGCCUGAUCUACCAGCUAAAACCAGCCAACCAGCCUAGGCUGGUUUAAGUUGGAUUUUUCAGUUGGGUAUCUAUCGCAGGGUUGCCCAAAGUUGGUUUUGGAGGGCCAGUGUCUUGCAGAGUUUAGUUCCACCCCCAAUUAGACACACCUGAACCAGCUAAUCAAGCUCUCCCAAGUAUACUAGAAACUUCUAGGCAGGUGUGUUGAAGGAAGUUGGAGCUAAACUUUGCAGGACACCAAGUUUCGGGUGAUUUCCGAAAGAAUUGAUUGGACUUGAGUUCUCCUAAUCAACGAAUCCUAUCAGUUCUGAUGUGGAUAUGCUAAAGAAAUCGCUUGUAUUGAGAUUAGUUGCAUGAAUGAUUUCAUUAUAUAGAGAAGAUAUGCAUCAGCGCUCCCAAUCUGGGAGAAAAUCAUAGACUUUUCCAGAAAAUAAUACCCAAGAGGCGGGAUGAGAAAUAGUUUAUGCUAGUAAAUGGUAUGUUAUUAUCAAAAAAAAAAGACAUCUUUGCUCUUAUUUUUCUCGAGUGGAUGCAGAAUAAGUAUAUUUUGGACAGAAAGCACUGUAUGAUAAUAGAAGAGUGGAGAGGGGUCAUUUAUAUCCACUUAUAUGUGUGCAAGGGAAAGAUUGUAUUUAAAGUCGCGAAGGGGAUUAAAAACAGUAACCCUCAAUUAUAAAUGGUGAAAUGGCAUCAAAACGCAAUGUUAUGGCUGUUGUUAGCGAGCUAAUGCCAGUAUGUAUCAUAUUACGAAUGUGUAUAUAUUGUACUUCAGAGAUUUACUGGAAGAAAAACUAAACAGACAUGCCAUUUUAGGUUACAGUAUUAUUUUCGCAGAGAUUUAUUUAGAUACUAAAGUGUCCGUCAUCCUCUGUCCCAUACCGAGUCAAAGACUUGUUCAAUAAACUAACAUGAAUAUAA